GUGUACAGACUUUGUGCAAUACGUGGAACCAAACCACUAUAUAACCUAACGCAUUUAUAACGACAGCACACGCAAAUACCACAGUCUGUGGAGUCAACGCACCUUAUAGAUAUUGUCGGGUACAUAGAAAAAUAUUAUAAGCAGGAAAACAUGGGUUUGUUAUUAGCAAAGCUUGCUGAUGUGAUGCAGAGUUUCUCCAGUGGAUCCCCGUCCCGGAUACUGAUGCUGGGACUGGAUGCGGCAGGCAAAACGACUGUGCUGUAUAAGAUCAAACUGAACGAGAACGUGUGUACCAUCCCGACGAUUGGGUUUAACGUGGAGGAGGUGUCCCCGUGUAAGGGGGUAUCCUUUACCGUGUGGGAUGUCGGCGGUCAGGAGAAGAUCCGGGCACUAUGGAGACAUUACUUCCAAAACACAGAAGGUCUGGUGUUUGUCGUAGACAGCAAUGACAGGGAGAGAAUCAAUGAAGCCCGAGAGGAGCUGUUCGGUAUACUUGACAAUGAUGAGAUGAGAGGUGUCCCGGUUGUCGUGCUUGCAAACAAACAAGAUCUCCCAUAUGCCAUGAACACAUCGGAUAUAGCCGAAAAGAUGUGCCUGACGAAACUAACUGGGCGGAAGUGGUUUGUACAGGGAGCAUGCGCAAUGACUGGCGAAGGCAUUUACGAAGGCAUGAAAGAAAUGGCACGGCUCACGAAGGAAAACAAAAAAAACUACAGAUGAAACAGCGAUAUUUGUAAACGCCCUGAUAUCUCUAAUGGAUAAAAUCAAGUCUUAGGACAAUAUGCUAGGACUGACGCGUGACGUGAUGCCUUCCUGUCACUGAUGAUGUGUACGUACUUACUUGUACGUGUGUUCGAAUGAAAAAUGAAUCGCUUCAGCGAAACUCAUUGAAUCCUUGAUUUAAUACUGAUAAGACGAAAGUCAAACACUGCUUAAGGACGAAAGUAAGAUGAACACUUGUGUUAUAAACGUGGAUAUAUGCGCGAUUAUAUAUAUAUACAGCUGUACAUAUGGUGUGUACAAGAUAAUGCAGCAUUUGUGGGAGUCUGGCUGUACGCUAGAUACACGAGUAGUGGGAUAUGUGUUGAAAAUAUAUAUGUGGAACACGAGUUGUGUUAUAUUAUCUGUGUAAUAUCCUGAAUCAUAAACACACCUUGUAUAUAUGUGUCACACGACACAAUAAUGUGACCAGAUCAUAUGUAUCUAUGAUUUGAUGUAGAUUUUAUUUCAUGAUCUGUGAUAGAUUACUUGACGACGUUGUUUUAUUAUUUUUUGUGUGGAAUAUUAAUGAUAUCAAUAACAUGAAU